CUUCAGGCUUGCUUUGCACGGUCUCCACCACCCGUGGAACAGUGGGCUUAUGUUUUCCAGCUCGUCUUGCAUUGCUCAUCGCUCCCUUGUCAUCCAGGCUCGCCAUCCUUGCUGAAUCGAAAUUCCUUCCUCUCGAGGGAGCCUCUCGCUGUCAGCGGCCUCGCAGCGCCAGUGCGACAACUCCUGUCGAAUCCCAAAUUCCGGAAGAGUACUACCCGCCGAAGCUAGGUUGAUUCAGUCCCCGUGGUCGGAUCCAGGCACUGAAUCCCGCCGUUUUUCUUCGCCCGUGCGUACCCGUACUUCCGUUGCAUUCGCAAUCGUGCCGCUUCGAUCAAUUUUGUCGCGCUCCCUUCACCAGCACCCCUCCCAUCCCAUCCUCCUCCCUACUUCGGGGACGUCUCAUUUCAACCUCAACGCCCCUACAAUCUCCUCCCUCCGCCUCAUCACCCCUUUCACACCUCGUCACCUCGUCUCUUUCCUCCGUCAACCUCAUCGGCGCGCUUCUAAUUAUGGCAUCGUCGUGCCUCCGUACGCUCGCCGUCACCGCGAAUCACGUCGCCGUGCCCCUCUCUCUCCCCGACACCACCAACUCUCGCCACGUCGCCCGCGCCUCCCUCUCCUCCUGCUGCUCCUCCCGCUCCUGGUCCCUCUCUUCCCUCUCUUUCUCCGACUCCUCCCGCUCCUCCUGCGCCGCCUCUUGCGCCGUCUCUUGCGCCGCUGCUCGCCCUCAUCCCGCCCGCUUCUCCCCCGCCCUUCCCCUCGCCGACGAGCGCAAGCCGCUCUUUCCGCACGCCACGGCGUCAACAGCGCAACCGGCGCGCGCAGACGUGCUGUUACGGCCGCUUUCCCCUCUUACCUCCCUUCCCCUCUCGCCCUCUUCCCCCACUCCGCUCCUUUGCCUCUCGUCGAGCUUUGCUUCCUCUUCCCGCGCGCUCCGCCCCGCUCGCGGACCAAUCACUUCCCGCCGGCCGCUCUCCGCGCUUGCCGUCCGCGCUUCCGCAUCUGACGGCGGCAGUUUCCGUGACGGGGAGAGCGGCAACGGGGGAAGUAGCAGCGGGGGGAGCCGGGGGGGCGCGGGGGGGAGCAGUGAGUGGGCGUCGGGGGAAAGGGAGGAGGAGGGGGAGCGGGAUGCGGUGAAGAACGGGGAGGGGGAAGGGGAGGCGGAGGAGAUGGAUGAGGCGGAGCGGGAGCGGCAGGAGGAGCUGCUGCGCGCGCUGGGGCUGGACUCGAGCAUUCCGGAGACGGCGAACGAGUUCCUGGAUAAGGUGUCCAGCCGCGCGUACGAGAUGCGGCGACGGCUCGAAAGCACCAUGGACUCCACCUCCUACGAUGUGGUGGACUCGAACCCCUGGCGCGACCCUGCGAAGCCGCUGUUCGUGCUGGCGCAGGGUGACACGCAGCUCUACACCAUGCGCACGCGCACUCCGCGCAGCGAGGUGGAAAGCGAGCUGGAUAAGCUAUUUGGGGAGAAGAGGGCCAAGAAGGGAGGCGUUUCAACCGGUGCCACUGGCAAGAGCGGUAGCAGCAGUGGCAACACUGGUGGUGGCACUGGAGGCAGCAGUGGUCGUAGUGGUAGCCGUGGUGGUGGCAGCAGCAGCAGCAGCCGCACUGCUUCACCCACGCGCUCACGCUUCGCAAUGAAAGUGGAGGACGUGAGGGAGGGUGUACUGGUGUUUGAGGACGAGCAGCAGGCAGCACAGUACUGCAGCGUCUUGGAGGGCCAGGGCCACAACUGCCUUGGCGUCGCGCAAUUCAAAGCCAAGGACCUGUUCAAGGUGUGCCAGUCGUCCAAGGCCCUGGCCGUGUUGUUCCGCAGUGGCGUAGUCCCCCCUCAGCCUGACCGCCUGCAGCAGCACCUGGGGGCAAAAAAACGUUCCCUGGAGGAUGACGUGUGACGGGGAGGGGGAGUGGGGUUACGGGAUGUAUGGGGGGGUGAUAAGGGGGUGCGAGGGGGGAAGAAGGGUGGCGGGUGGGAGGGGGGAAGGGGGAACAUGGCGAGACUAGAUGGGACGAGAGACAUGGUGUUGGUUCUAUGUAUGGAUGGCUGGUUAUGGUAUUGGGACUUCGGAGUAGGUGACACAAGCAGGUUCUGAAGAGCUUGAAAUAUGCGGGUUUGGGUGCAUGCAAGCGUGGCUUCUGUGACUAUGUUGUGCCUUGGUAUGGCCGCUUGUCAUGUGGAGGAUAUUCAAGUGUGAGAAUGGGUUGUCUUGUUGUGAGUAGGAUAGAUGAUGCUUGUGAAGUGUGUUGGUGUUCGAGUGUGCUCAUUAGUCUAUGUAGGUCUUGCUGUGCAUAUGUACAUACUGAUCAUGGCGAC